AACCCGUUUUCUGUACGCCCGUUUCAUCCCACUUCCUGUCAAGGGCGGACAUAUCCUGUGUUACACUGUUUAUAUACCGGCAAGAAAAAGAAGUACCGUGCUUCCAAUUGAACGCCGGCAGUUUUCACUCUGUUCUAGUUGCACUAUUAAUGGACGACAAAGGGCAGAAAGAUGCAGACGUGACCGCGCCUUCAGUGAUCGAUCGUUACUACACACGAUGGUACAAAGCUGAUAUGAAGGGCAAUCCGUGUGAGGAUCACUGCAUCUUGCAGCAUUCCAACAGGAUAUGUGUCCUCACCUUGGCUGAGACUCACCCUCUCCUUCAAAAAGGGCGAACAAUCAAGAAGAUCGACUAUCAGAUCAGUAAUGGCUGCAGUCGCUUGAACAACAAAGUUUCUGGAAAGUCCAAGCGGGGAGGACAGUUCCUGACUGAAUUUGCUCCUCUGUGUCGGAUAACGUGCACGGAUGAAACCCAGUUCACCAUCUACAGCUGCAUCCGGGGCCGUCUCCUGGAAGUCAACGAGAACAUUUUAGAAAGGCCGGCGCUCUUACAAGAGAAGCCGUCCACCGAGGGCUACAUCGCCGUCAUUUUGCCCAAGUUCGAGGAGAGCAAGAACGUCACCGAGAACUUGCUGAGCAGGGACGACUUUGAAAAGCUGGUCGCCGGGAGAGACUCGGAGGCUUCCUGACGAAGCGUUUGCCUUCCAGGCGGGACAUUUCAUUAGGUACGCUAGUUGAGGAGGACUUGGAUUAUGUUAAUUGGACUAAAAAAAAAAUGCACGGGGGUCAUAAUGUUGAGAACAUCAACCGUGCACAAUAGUAAUACAAAAAAAACAAGGUAGCUCUUUUUAUUUAAUGACACAGCUUUUGCAUGGUGUCCAAUGAUUGUUUACAGUGUAAAUAUUUUAGUUCUAAACUUUUAUUUAUAGUUAAAAUGAAUCAUAGUUAAAUCCAAAGUACGACCUAGGGGCCCAUUUUCUGUGCCUUAGAUCAUUUUAAUGUUAGCACGCUGGCUUUUUUUCGCAAGUAUACACCUUGGCAUCAAAGAUUUGGUUACUUAUCAAAAAAUACCUGUUGGCACCUUAUUUUUCGGACUAUAGAGCGCACGGUAUAUAACAGGGCUAGGGAACCUAUGGCUCUAGAGCCAGAUGUGGCUCUUUUGAUGACUGCAUCCGGCUCCCAGGUAAAUUUGAGCUGACUCUGCUUAACACGAUAAAUAAUGAAUAAGUCCACUUGUAAUCAGUGUUAAAAAUGAUGUUCAAAAUAUAAAACAUCCUCGUGCAUUUUUAAUCCAUCCAUCCGUUUUCUACCACACCUGUUCAAGAAGUUCCGUUGAUGGUUUAGAAGUUAUUUAUUUAUUAUUGGUUAGUGUGUGGCUUGCCCUCCUGGGGGUUCUUCAGACCACCAAGCACCGACAUGAGUGCCUGUUUCAGGGUUACACUAUUGUUUCAUUUUUCAAUAAGUCUCUCAGUUGCUUUCAAGCAAUUGUCUUUUUCUCUUUCGUUCUUGCUCGCGCUCUGGCUCCAGCACUGUCUCUCCUCCUGGCUGCUGCUUAUAACAUAGCGACAGGUGAUUAGGUAACAAGGCCCAGGUGGGCCGUCUACGCACCUACGCUGAUUUCGAGGCCGGUCCUGGCAACACCCCGCUUCGCUGCAGGCCCGCAGGCCACGCCCCCUCCACAGUUAGCUUCAGAAUAACAAUGUUAUUACAAAGAAUAAUAAACCUAUUAUACUGUAGAAAUGUUAGUCGUACUUAAAAAUGCACACGUUUAGUUGUGUUCAGGGUUAAAAAAAUAUUUUACGGCUCUUACGGAAAUACAUUUUAAAAUAUUUGGCUUCUUGGCUCUCUCAGCCAAAAAGGUUCCCUACCCCUGGUAUAUAAGCACCUAUUACAUUUAAAAAUAUAUUUUUCCAUAUAUUAGUCGCAAUGGGCCCUGCGAUGAGGUGGCCACUUGUCCAGGGUGUACGCCGCCUUCCACCCGAUUGUAGCUGAGGUAGGCACCAGCGACCCCAAAGGGAAUAAGCGGUAGGAAAUGGAUGGAUGGAUAGUCGCACUGGACUAUAAGCCACAGAUAUAUACGUUAUGAAAUGAGUUAUUUACACAGAAAUGUUUAGUAAAUGUUUAUUUACAUUUUUAAUUUUUUUAAACGGCUGAUCAAACAAAACGGAAGUCAGCUAAACCAGGGGUGUCCAAAGUCCGGCCCCACGGCACAUUUUAAAAAUACUAUGGAAAAAAAAAAGUGGUAUAAAAGAGCAAACAGGUGAAAUGUAACAAGAACAUGUUGCAAUGUUUACUCUAAUAACACAAAGCUGCCAUGCAAACUGUUUCUUUCUUUAAAAAAAAAAUAGUGAAUCAAACUCAAUUAUGAAUUAUUGACCAAUUCAAGGCUCCAAUUACGUCACACUAAAUAUUGUACUUUGAGAUAUUUUUUGAGGCAAAUUUUGGAUAUUUUGUGUUUGCCAUAUAAAAAACUGAGCUUUUUUUUUUUUUUUUUUUAAAGAAUGGCCUAAAACGAAAAAAUAAACAAAAAAACCUUAUAUUUGACGGAUAGAUCUGAACUUGAUUUCGAGACCAUUGUGUUAAAAGUAAACAGUAAAAAAAAAAGUCAUAAUAUAUUUUUUAACACUAAUGAGCAGGACCCUUUUGGAUCAGUGUGUUUUGUUUUUAAGUGUCAUUGCACAAAAAAUAAUAGUGAAUUAAAAUCAAUGGUGUUAGGAGUUGUUGACCUUUUUUCCAGAUCCAAUUAUUAUAUAAUCUCAAACAUUCUACUUAAAAAAUUUUAUUGGGUGAAAAUAUUGCAUAUUUGGUGUUUUUUUUUUUUCAAUAUAAAAACAUGGUUUUCUUUGACAAAAAGAGCAUACAACUUAAAUCUUUUAAAAAGUCUUAUUGACAGAUAGACUUAAUAUUGAUCUAGAAUAGGGGUCAGCAACCUUUUUUGAAAGCAAGAGCUACUUCUUGGGUACUGAUUAAUGCCAAGGGCUACCAGUUUGAUACACACUUAAAUAAAUUGCUAGAAAUAGCCGAUUUUCUUAAUUUACCUUUUAAUAUAUAUAUAUAUAUA